AUGACAUCUUCAACCGUGGAUGUUUCGGCGGAGGAACGAAGCAUAGAUAGUAACACAAACUGGGGGCUGAAGCCUUUGUUGCGCCGUGCUGAGCGCUCUCAUGGCCGGAUGCCAGGUCUUCGGAAAAUACCUUUCCGUGCUCUGGCGAUUAUAAUAUUCAUCGCGUUUUUGAAUAUCUUUGUCUGGGUUGCGGCCGGAAUCGUGCUGCACUACCAUCCUUCGCUAGUUUCCACGGCAGCUCUUGCAUACUCUCUGGGAUUGAGACACGCCUUUGAUGCGGAUCAUAUUUCCGCAAUCGAUUUGAUGACCCGAAGGCUACUGGCAACAGGUCAAAAGCCUGUCACUGUUGGAACUUUCUUUUCUCUUGGGCAUUCCACAAUCGUCAUUAUCACAUCCAUUGUGGUCGCCGCCACUGCAGCUGCGGUGUCGUCCAAGUUUGACAGCUUUAGCACGAUCGGAGGUAUCAUCGGUAGUUCCGUUAGUGCGGCAUUUCUGAUUCUGCUUGGACUGAUGAAUGGUUACAUUCUCUUCAAGUUAAUCCGACAGAUCAAGAAAGUCUAUCGUUUACAACCAGGAGAGGAGGACGAAGCUUGGAAGAUCGAAGGAGGUGGUCCUUUGUUCUCCAUCUUGAAGAAGAUGUUCAAAUUGAUUGACCGUCCAUGGAAAAUGUAUCCUCUUGGGGUUCUGUUCGGACUUGGAUUUGACACGUCAUCCGAGAUUGCGUUACUCGGAAUAUCAUCGAUCGAGGCUGCCAAUGGAACUUCCUUCUGGGUCAUUUUAAUCUUCCCUGCCUUGUUUACUGCCGGAAUGUGUCUGUUAGAUACUAUCGAUGGAGCUCUCAUGUUCUCGCUUUACAUCCAGCCUGCAACAAACUUCCUCACUUCUAAGAAUGGCACUGAAGUCUCUGAGGCAGUAUCUGAUGUUGAUGACGAUGAACUUCCUCAGUCGAGAGACAAUCACAGGGACCCUAUAGCGUUCCUGUACUACUCGAUCGUCCUCACCGUCUUGACCGUUAUCGUUGCGCUCGUGAUUGGAGUUAUUCAGCUCUUGACUAUGAUACUAAACAUCACCGAUGCUACAGGCAAGUUCUGGGACGGUGUCCAAAUUGCUGGCGAUUAUUAUGAUGCUAUCGGUGGUGGUAUCUGCGGACUGUUCAUCGUUUUUGGUGGACUGAGCGUAUUGGUAUAUAAGCCAUGGAGAAGAUGGAUGGAUCGACGUCAUGGACGCACCGUUGAAGUUGUGAAUGAAGAUGAGCGGUAUCAUGAUGAGACUCCCGAAGCGGCAGCGGACACUGACACCGUGACUGGGGGCGUUUUUGAGACUGCCGAGGACACUAUUCAUCCGGAUGAGCAGAGCAACACUGUUACUAAAGGGGCAAUCUCUCGUGUGACGGCCACUGAAGAGACACAGUGA